GACUACUUGAUUACAUUUCCUCACGAGGUUUCAUACAUAUGGUCAGCCAGGUGGACGCCAGGCAAGGCGCUCUUUGUUGUUAUACGUUAUUUGGGAUUGAUUGAUGCCGCAAUCUAUCUUUAUGUUCAAUUCGGCACAUUUGUGUCGAUGGAGUCAUGCACUGUGACUAUGAAUUGGACUUUAGCCACGACUUGCUUCGUGUACGUCGCAGCAGGCCUUGUCCUUUCCCUUCGAACAUGGGCGAUCUGGAACAGAAACUGGUACCUUGGCAUUGGUCUAGGCGUGGCGUGGGGCGCACUUACCGUGGCUGCCAUCGUGUUUACAACCUAUACGAUGGUUGGGUUGACUGCAUAUGGUCAACUUCCCGGCCUACCUGGAUGUGGUCCAAGAGUUACCCCUGAGGCAUCCGCUGCUUCCCUGAAGAUAUACGCCAUUUAUUGCAGCUAUGAAGGAAUAAUAUUCCUCUUAACUAUCGGUCGCGGCAUUCAACACUUAUCCAAGCCGUCCGGGCUUAUGUUGGUACUAUACCGAGAUGCCUUCCUUGCAUCUACUUGUCUACUCACAUUCUCGCUGAUCAACACCAUUCUAUCAAGCUCGAAUAGCCCAUCCUUUUACUGCCCCUACAUGCUCAGCUUCGGAUUCUCGUUCAUCGUUCCCUGUCGCAUCAUUCUCAACCUGCGCGCCACCACUACUGAGCUCGAUGACUGGGAUGUUGUCACCACUACUCGCCAGCCGCCUAAUGGACGCAUCCCUUUGGGUGCUUAUCCUGUCAGCGACCGUGCAACGAUAAGUGAGCGGAGCACGAGAAGAACGCGUCGCCACCAAAGUCGAUUUUUGGAGACAGACUGGUCAGAUGAGGAAGAGAGUUGAUAUUGGAUUCUUGAUCCUGUCCUCAACUCAGACGUACGACUUUGGCGAGGAAUGAGAUACCCAUCAUUAGAGAUCAUUGAUGCAGGCCGCUCAGGAAGAAUUGGCUGUGACUGCGUUGAGCUUGAGCAAUUGACAAGCAUCCCAGGCUUGUUACCAACACCUGGAGACAAAGAGAGAUUAG